GCUGGGAUAUCAAAGGCUGCAUUGUACAUUGAGCAGCUUUGGUCCUUCGUGUGCCAGGGAGGAGGCGGGAGGAGGGACACCGUGGGGAGCUGGUUCCCUCCCAGCGCUCUUCUGGCUGGUGUUCCCAGGGGCCUCGGCCCAGGGAGGAUGGUGCACACAUGGGUGGCUGCUUCUGCAUCCCCGGAGAGCGUAGCCUGUCUUGGGGACCAGGCAAAGAAGCUCCUUCCAGGGAUCCAACCAUAUCAAGUGAGGAUAUCACCCCACCUGAAUACAAGGAAAGAUGUUUCCUGUCACAGAACAUGACUCCAGAUCUGACACUCUCCUUCUGUGUGAAGAGCCGCUCCAGGAGGUGCGUGAAUGCACCCCUGCAGGAAGCAGCCCGCAGGCGUCUCUGGGCACUGGAGAUUGAGGACCAGGAGGUGCGUGCACUAUUUAAGGACCUGUCUGCAAGGCUGGUCAGCAUCCAGUCCCAGAGGGCCCAGUUCCUCAUCACCUUCAAGACUCUGGAGGAGAUAUGGAAGUUCUCUACCUACUUGAAUUUAGGCUACGUGUCCACAUGCCUGGAGCAUCUCCUCUUUGACCACAAAUACUGGCUCAACUGCAGGUUGGUGGAGGAUACAGAGAUUCAAGUGACUGUAGAUGACAAACAUUUGAGAACAAUGUACCUGGGCCUCCUGAUACAAGAAGGCCACUUCUUCUGCAGAGCCAUGUGCUCUGUGGCCCAGCCACCUGAGAACGAAGGGGAGUACUUGACACUUUGCAAGAAUGAAUUAAUCUCUGUGAAGAUAGCCGAAAGCGAGUCUGAAUGGGAAGGCGUGUCCCAGUGGGAAGGCAUGUCCUUGGUGACUGGUCAGCGGGGCCUGGUACCAGUGGCAGCCCUGGAGCCGUUGCCUCUCCCUUUCCACCAAUGGUUCCUAAAGAAUUAUCCAGGAAACUGUGGCCUUUCCAGGAAGAGGGAUUGGACAGGCUCCUAUCAGAUCGGCAGAGGAAGAUGUAAAGCCCUGAAGGAUUAUGAAUGGGAAGCAAAGGAUGAACUGAGUGUGCACCAGGGAGACAGCAUCGAGAUCAUCGGCUUCAUCAUCCCUGGGCUGCAGUGGUUCAUCGGGAAGUCCAUGAGCUCAGGGGAAGUGGGCUUUGUCCCCACCAGGAGUAUAGAUCCCGAUUCUUACUCCCCCAUGAGCAAGAACUCUGCCUUUUUCACUGAUGAGGAAAGAUGCUCUCUGUGGGCUCUGAGAUGUGACAGCAAAGCUGAGUGUGCCAGCUUCCUCCGCACGCUUGCUCAUACUGACAUCACAUCUGUCUACCGGCUCAGUGGAUUCGAAUCCAUGCAGGACCUCCCAAAUGAUCUGAGUGCAUCCCAUCCUGAAGACUGCAGAGACACCCAUCCUGGCAGGGUCUGGGAGCAACAGCACACCAUGGGAUCCAGGCAGUCUAGCAGCUCUGAGGACUCCAGCAUGGAGGAGGAGCUCCUUUCAGCCGCUUCCGACAGCUAUCACCUGCCAGAGCCCGAUGGCCUUGAUGACCCAGAACUGUUCAUGGACCUAGACACUGCACAGGAGGAAGAAGAAGCUGAAAACUUCAUCCCCUUGCUGACCUUUCUGGAUCAUGAGGGUUACACUGACCACUUCAAGAGCCUCUAUGAUUUCUCCUUCUCUUUCCUCACUUCUUCCUUUUAUAGCUUCUCUGAGGAGGAUGAACUUGUGGCAUACCUGGAGGCCUCAAGGAAGUGGGCCAAGAGGAUCCACAUGACCUGGGCUCAUGCCCGACUCUGCUUCCUUCUGGGCCGGCUGAGCAUCAGGAAGGUCAAACUCUCCCAAGCCAGGGUGUACUUUGAGGAGGCUAUCCAUAUCCUCGAUGGGGCAUUUGAUGACCUCUCUUUGGUGGCAGCUUUGUAUAUCAACUUGGCUGCCAUCUACUUGAGACAGAGGUUGAGACACAAAGGUUCAGCCUUGCUGGACAAGGCAAGUGCACUGCUGGCCUGCCUGCCUGACCGUGAGUCCAGCGCCAAGAAUGAGAUUGAUGUGGUGGCCUAUGUGCUGCGCCAGAGUAUUGUAGCAGACAGUAGCCCCCUAGAAGCCAGGGCUUGCUUCUUGGCCAUCCGAAUGCUCCUGAGCCUCGGCCGGCACGAGGAGGUCCUGCCCUUCGCUGAGCGCCUACAGCUCCUCACUGGACAGCCUCCUGUCUCAGAUGUUGUGGCUACCAUCUUGAGUUUUCUGUAUGAUAAAAAGUAUCUUCCACACCUUGCAGUGGCCUCUGUGAGGCAACGGGGAGCCCUGAGUGCCCAGGGUAUGACUCUUCCGACGUGGCAGGUCUACAUGGUUCUCCAGAAUUCUGCCAAACUCCCUGGUGUGUCCUCCCCCAACUGGGGUGAAGUUUCUGCCUUGGCCUGUCCAACACUCACGCGGGCACUGGCUGCCUGUGAAGAGCAGGCUGACCAGAGCAUCCAGAGGGUCCUGUGUCUCGUCCUGUCCAAAGUCUACCUCCAACACAGGUCUCCUGAGGGUGCCAUCUACUACCUGAGCCAGGCCUUGACAUUAGGGAAGCUGCUAAGUGAGCAGGAAGCUUUUGAGUCAUCCCUUUGCCUGGCAUGGGCCCAUCUCUUAGCCAGCCAGCCCAAGAAGGCUUUGGACAUCCUUGAGCCACUAUUAUACUCCCUGAAGGAGAAAGAGAAUGUUACCCAAAGGGGAGUGAUUUAUAACCUCUUGGGUCUUGUACUUCAAGGUGAAGGCCAAGUGAACAGGGCAGCCAAGAGCUAUCUCCGGGCCUUGAACAAAGCCCAGGAGACAGGGGAUGUGCGCAACCAAGCAGUGACAAUGGCCAAUCUUGGUCACCUCACCCUUACUUCUUGGGCUCAGCAGCCAGCCAGGCACUAUCUCCUGGAGGCUGUCCGACUCUAUUCUGAACUUCAAGCCAGCAAGGAGACUGACAUGGAAUUAGUACAGGUGCUGCUCUGGCUGGCCCAAGUCCUGGUGUCUGGAUGCCAGCUGACCCAGGGCCGCCUUUGUUAUGAACUGGCACUGCUGUUUGGCUUGAGGCAUCGGCACCUAAAGAGUCAGCUUCAGGUCACCAAAUCCCUCUGCCAUUUCUACAGCUCUGUGUCCCCAAAUCCUGUGGCAUGCAUCACCUACCAUGAACAUUGGCUAGCUCUGGCUCAGCAACUCAGGGACCGGGAGAUGGAGGGAAGGCUGCUGGAGUCCCUUGGGCAGCUCUAUCGGAACCUGAACACAGCCAGGUCCCUCCGGAGGUCCCUUACAUGCAUCAAGGAGAGCCUACGCAUCUUCAUUGACUUGCGGGAGAGAGACAAGGCUGCUGAAGCCUGGCUUGGGGCCGGGCGGCUUCACUACCUCAUGCAGGAAGAUGAGCUGGUGGAGCUGUACCUCCAAGCAGCAAUCCAGUCAGCCCUGAAGUCAGAAGAGCCCUCCCUGGCCCUGAAACUCUACGAAGAAGCAGGUGAUGUGUUUUUCAAUGGGACCCGCCACAGGCACCGUGCGCUGGAGUACUACCGAACUGGGGCCGUCCCUCUAGCAAGAAGGAUGAAGGCCCUGAGGACCGAGCUGCGCAUUUUCAACAAACUGACGGAGCUGCAGAUCAGCCUCGCAGGCUACGAGAAAGCUCUGGAAUAUGCCACCCUGGCUGCCAGGCUGAGCACUGUCACAGUCUUCCAAUUCCUAGGUGAUCAGAGGCAGGAGCUGGUGGCCUUUCACCGCCUGGCUACAGUAUACUACUCCCUGCACAUGUACGAGAUGGCUGAAGAUUGCUACCUGAAGACGCUGUCCCUCUGCCCACCCUGGCUGCAGAGCCCCAAGGAGGCCCUGUACUAUGCCAAAGUAUAUUACCGCCUGGGCCGACUCACCUUCUACCAGCUGAAGGAUGCCCACGACGCUACUGAAUACUUCCUGCUGGCCCUGGCAGCAGCAGUCCUGCUGGGUGAUGAGGAGCUGCAGGACACCAUUAGGAGCAGGCUGGACAACAUCUGUCAGAGCCCCUUGUGGCACAGCAAUCCCUCCGGGUGCUCUGCAGAGAGGGCACGGUGGCUGAGUGGGGGCGGCCUGGCCCUGUGAGGGGAGAUGUGCCUUGACUCUCAGAUACUAAGUGGGAGGGUCUGAAUCCAGCACCAUUUUGCACCAAGAAGAGGAAAGCCCCAAGGGUGAGGGGCUUAUUCCCAACCGCACAAGGAGACGUCAAAGUAGCAGCAAGGGGGUAUCUUCGUUCUGUUCUCUGCAUCUGGAAUCUGCUCCAGUUGACCAAAGCCCUUCCACAC